CUGCAUUCCCCAUCAUCCCCCGCACCGGAUGGUCCCGGGAUCAGACAGACCUUUUGCUGGUCACGGGGCAUCUAAAUAACCCUGUGAUAAUGUACAAGGACCGAGACCAGAUCACUGAGAGAAUAUUGGAUCUAACCCUGGAGAUCAUCUACCUGCUGACUGGAGAGAAUUAUAGCAAGAGGCCUGGGGAGUGUGACUCACACAACAGCAGUCACCAUGUACAACAAGUAUCAUUCAAAACCCAGAGCCCGAGCAAGGUGCUUCCACCUCACUCACUGAUGCACAAGAGAAAGAAUGACAAGAAGAUCCUGGAACUGACCAAUCAGAUCAUCCAGAUGCUGACUGGAGAGGUUCCCAUAAGGUGUGAGGAUGUCACUGUCUAUUUCUCCAUGGAGGAGUGGGAGUAUCUAGAAGGACACAUGGAUCGGUACAAGGAUCGGUACAAGGAUGUAGUAAUGGAGACUUACCAGCCCUUCUGGUCACUUGCUGACUCUGCUAGCAAACCUUUACGUGAUGUGUUGCACAUCCCCGUUUUUUUACAUGAUGGUGAAACCAAAGAUGAAACCAAGGAUAAACCCAAUAAUGGAGGAAUAUAUGUGAACAUCAGUCAACCACAUGACAGACCGGAUAAUUCUAUAACAUGCACAAAACAGCAUUGUGACUCACACGAAGAAGAAAAUUUAACCAAGGUGGGCAUUAAUACACCCACAGAACCUAUUAAGGAGGAAGUAGCACAAUUUAACGAAAACAAUAAUACAGAUAUUGACAUGGACAUUAAUCAACUCACAGAAUACACAUCUACUCUUAUUAAGGAGGAAUCUGACUUGUGUGAAGAAGGAAAUCUCACAAAUGUUCUCACUUUUACGGUUACAGAAGAUGCAGAUAGUCCCUCUACUCAUAUUAAAGAGGAAUCUGUCUCCUGUGAAGAAGGAAAUCCCACAGACAUGCGUACUCGUAUUAAAGGUUAUCUAAAAGGAAAUCGAAAUUCACCCAAAAGAAUGUCUACCAAAUCUUUAAUUAAAUCUAAGAAACCUGGACAGAAUGUUACUCUUAACUCUGGCAAAUUGCCCCAGUGUACACGGAACACGGAGAAAGGAUCCAACUGCUCAGAGAUUCCUAAAAGUCUUACUACUGACUCCGAGCUUGGAAAACAAAGGUCGGUUCAGACAGGAACCAAAAUGUCUUUUUCUGAAACGGGGAAAGUCUUCUUCUCAGAGUCUCAGCCUGUUGUACAUGAGACAGAUUGUAGAGGAAAGAAGCGAUUGUCAUGUUCUGAAUGUGGGAGGGGAGAGAAACGAUUCUCAUGUCCUCAGUGUGGUAAGAAGUUUGGUCAGAUGUCAAAUCUGGUAAUCCACCAGAGAAUACACACAGGCGAGAAACCGUUCUCAUGCUCUGAGUGCGGAAAGCAAUUUAACCAAAAGCCUCAUCUUAUUCGACAUCAGAAGAUUCACACGGGGGAAAAGCCAUUUAUAUGCACUGAAUGUGGGAAAUGUUUUGGCCGAGAUACUCAGCUUAUUUCACAUAAGAGGAUUCACACAGGAGAGAAACCGUAUUCUUGUUCUGAGUGUGGAAAAUGUUUCAGCAAUAGUACAAGUAUUGUUUUACACAGAAGGAAACACACUGGUGAGAGACCGUUUAUAUGCUCAGAAUGUGGGAAAUGUUUUAUCAGUAGCACAAGUCUUUCUAUACAUAAAAGGAUUCACACCGGAGAAAGACCGUACAGAUGUUCAGAGUGUGGUAAGGCCUACAGCAAAAGCUCAAGUCUUGUUGUACAUAAAAGGACUCACACGGGAGAGAGGCCGUACUCGUGCUCUGAAUGUGGGAAAAGUUUUAAUAAAAGCUCAACUCUUGUUACACAUCAAAAGGUGCACACUGGAAAGAGCCCAUUUACAUGUUCUGAAUGUGGGAAAUGCUUUGUUAAACAAUCGGCUCUCACUAAACAUCUGAAAACUCACACAGGUGAGACGCUGUCCUAAUGGCUUUUGGAAGAUUUGGAUUCACGGAGACUUUCAAGAGACUUAAAAUGAUUAUUUC